AUGGUGCGGCCAUACGCGCAACCCCAGGUGAAUGAUCUCCAAGUUUGCUGCUUCAUGGGCUUGGCCUUUGCUGCCACUGGCUUUCAGCUUCACAUCGCGUGGCUCAGCCGCGCUGCGCUGCUCUUGCCCUUGCUGCUGGCGGCAGCGCAGCAGAUGCAGCCUGAUAGCCCAGAGAGCUUGGCGCAACGCUUGUGGGAGGCAGGGCAGCAGGUUGGAAGGUUGUAUGGCUGA